GGAUCGUCUAGAAUUUGCAAUCCUUCAUCCGGACGCAUGACAGAUAUUCACAACAUUGGCUGACAUAGUAAAGCGGUGCUCAAUGUUAACCAACUGAGGAAGUCAGGUAAGGGACUGGGCAAGCGACAAGAAUGCUUCCGAACAGUUAGGGGACAUCUACAACAUGUUUAGCAUGCGUAUCAAUAUCAUCGCUUCAGUCAUUCUAUACAUAAGUAAAGGAACGGAAGCAUGGUUUGGAUAUUGACUUUUUCUCCGUCACCUCCGAAACCCAUCUCCACUCCAAGCAUUCAAUAAGCCAAUUUAAGACUCGAAGUAUCUAGAGCCAUGUCGUUCCCUGCUCCCACCAAGACCUACCGUAUGCAACCGUAUGCCGCCAUUUCACCGUCCCGUCCAGAACUCUCGACCAAGGGCAAGAGUGCAUUCAUCUCAGGCGGCGGCGCGGGCAUCGGCGCCUCCAUCGCCAAAUCUCUCGCAAAGUCCGGAAUCGCAAGUCUCGGGCUCCUCGGACGAACGAUCAAAUCCCUUGAAGAGACCAAAGCCGCCAUCGAAGCCUUGAACACAGAGGCAAAGGUGUUGCUCUACACCGUCGACGUCACAGACGCACAGGCAAUCACCGAUGCCGUCGCCUCCUUCGCCAGCUCGGUUGACGGAGGGAAGAUUGACAUCCUCGUCGCCAAUGCAGCCUACAUGUCCGACCUCAAGACAAUCACUGACUCAGACCCCUAUGACUGGUGGCGCGCCUUCGAGAUUUCUAUCCGCGGCAACUUCAACCUCCUCCGCGCGUUCCAGCCUGUCGCAGCCCCAAACGCCGCCGUGAUUCACAUCUCCACCGCCGCGAUCCAUCUCCCCUACAUGUUUGGCUACUCUUCUUACCGCGCCUCCAAGAGUGGUGCGACCAAAUUGUUUGAGUACUUCCGCGACGAAAACCCCGGCUUCUUCGUCUUGCAGGUGCACCCUGGUCUCAUUGGCGGCACGGUCAUGUCGGAGAAGUUUGCGCCGACUGUGGAGAAGUUGGGGCUGAUUUAUGAUGAUAUUGCGCUUCCUGGGGACUUUGUCGUGUGGGCUCUCAGCGAGGAGGCCAAGUUCCUGCAUGGACGGUUUGUUCACGCGAACUGGGAUGUCGAGGAACUGAUGGCACUGAAGGAGAGUGUUGAGAAAGAUGAGAAUCGGUUCACUAUUGGGCUGCAGGGCUGGUAUUAGAUCAUGUGGAGGCUGCCCAUGCCUACGAUGUGGUCUGCAUGUAAUCGUCU